AUGUAGCAAGAAUAAGAUUCAGAACCAUUAAAAAAGCUUUAAAAACUAGCAUAACAAUUAGAGUAAAAUAAAUAGCUUAGAGUUAUAGAUUUGGAUGGAUAAAAGGGAUCAUUUGACAAAAUUAUCAUAGCAGAGAAUCUAAUUUCUAAAUCUCAAUAGGCAAUCAAAAUAAUUUCCAUUUUCGAUGGUAUAGAUUAAGUAUCUCAAAAAAAACUCUAGGAUGCUAAAAAAGAAGCUUUAUUUUUGAAAAAUACAAACCACCAAAACAUAGUCAAAUAUUGCGAUGAGUUUUAAAUUGGCUUUAACUACUUUAUUGUUAUGGAAAAGUGUGAAAAAAAUCUUUAGCAAUUCAUUGAAGACUUCAAAAGCCAAGAAACCGAAAUCCCAAAACACAUCAUAGUCAACUUUGCUUGUCAGAUACUAUCUGUGAUCAACUAUCUUCGCUAGUAAAACCUAGUGCUUAGAGAUCUCUCCUUAAGAAAUAUCUUAAUAGACAAUCACAAUCAAAUUAAACUAUACGAUGUAGGUCUAGUCAAAUAAGUGUAGGAAGAGUUCACCUUUUCUUUGAUUCUCACAACAUUUCCCAAAAGAUCUCUGUUUUAUUAUCCUCCGGAAUUAUUUGAAUAAUUUGAAAUGAGUGGAGAACAGAAUAAAAAGGAUCAAUUUAAAAAUUUAUUAGAUGGAGAUAUUUGGGCAUUUGGAAUAUGUUUGUAUGCUCUAGCGGGAGCCUCUUAAUAAGAAUUUUCAUCACUUAAAUCAAAAGGAUACCAAAAAUUGACUUCUCUUGAUAAGUCUUUGAAUUCAAUCCUUUCAUAGAUUCUUUCUUUAGAUCCAAACUAAAGGCCUAGUAUUUUGUAACUUAUUGAUACUUUUGAAGAUAUGAGGAAGUAAAUAUGGACCUCUGAUGAUUCAGCAGAUCUUUUUCAGCGUUUUUUGCAGAAAAAGAAGGCUCAUUAGUGGUAUUUGGCAUAUCAAUUUAUUAGUAUUUGUUGUCAAAUAUAACAAAAUAACGAAACUUAUUGGCAUUAUUUAGGAUAUACAUAAAAUGAAUUAAAUUUUUUUAGUGAGUCUAUCAAAUCAUAUUAGAAGUGCCUAGAGAUUAAUCCUAAGAAAGAUAUUUGCUUUAUGAAUUUAGCAAUAGCUUAUAAGGAGAAAGGUAUGAUAGAUGAGGCCAUCAAAUCCUAUAAGAAAUGCCUCGAGAUCAACCCUAAAGAAGAUAGUUGCUAUUAUAAUUUAGGAAUAGCUUACAAAGAUAAGGGCAUGCUUGAUGAGGCCAUCAAAGCAUACUAGAAAUGCCUUGAGAUCAACCCUAAAAAAGAAAUUUGUUUUUAUAAUUUAGGGAUAGCUUAUAAGGCGAAAGGCUUAAUUGAUGAGGCUAUCUAAUCAUAUUAGAAAUGCCUCGAGAUUAAUCCUGAAAAAGAUACUUGCCUACAUAAUUUAGGAAUAGCUUAUAAGGCGAAAGGAUUACUAGAUGAGGCAAUCAAAUCAUAUUAGAAAUGUAUUGAAAUUAAUCCUAAAAAAGAUAUUUACUACAUGAAUUUAGGACUAGCUUAUAUGGAAAAAGGCAUGCUAAAUGAGGCAAUCAAAUAAUAUUAGAAAUGCAUUGAGAUCAAUCCUAAAGAGGAUAGUUGCUAUUUUAAUUUAGGAAUAGCUUAUGAAAAUAAAGGUAUGUCUGGUGAGGCUAUAAAAUCUUAUUAAAAAUGCGUUGAGAUCAAUCCUUAACACGAUAGCUGCUUAUAUAAUUUAGGAAUAGCUUACAAAGCGAAAGGCAUGUUGGAUGAAGCAAUAAAAUCAUAUUAGAAAUGCCUAGAGAUCAAUCCUAAAAAAGAUAUUUGCUUGUAUAAUUUAGGAAUAGCAUAUAAGGCUAAAGGUGUGUACGAUGAGGCUAUUAAAUCAUAUUAUAAAUGCCUUGAAAUCAAUCCUAAACAUGAUAAUUGUCAUAUGAAUUUAGGACUAACUUAUUAUGAUAAAGGCAUGCUGGAUGAUGCCAUCAAAUCAUAUCAGAAAUGUCUCAAGAUCAAUCCAAAACAUGACAUUUGCUAUAUGAAUUUAGGAAUAGCUUAUAAGGGAAAAGGCAUGCUGGAAGAGGCAAUCUAAUUUUAUUAGAAAUGUUUAGAGAUCAAUCCUAAAAAAGAUAGUUGCUAUUACAACCUAGGUAUAGCUUAUAAAGCGAAAGGCAUGAUGGAUAAGGCCAUUUAAUCAUAUAAGAAAUGCCUAUCACUGAACCCAAAUCAUAAAAAUUGCUUGAAGAACUUAGAAAUAGCUUAAGGAAAAAAAAAUGAUAGAAAAAUAAUAGAAAUUAACCAGCCAUUCCUGGUUUUAAAUUGA